AUGGCCUUAAGCUCUGAAGAUAUUUUAAAAGACAAGCAAGCAAGAAGUCCUUGCCGGAAAUUCCUUCAAAUAGGAAUUUGUGAUUUCGGCACCAGUUGUAGGUUUUCUCACAUGUCUGAGGCAGAUAUGUUCCAUUUAAGGAAAAAAGUGGAAAAUGAAAAUCAACGCCUGGAGGGUUCUGACGACCCGAACGCGUUGGAGCUCAACGUGGAAAUCUGGCUGUCCAACAGGGAAAAGCGAAAAAGCGGCCAGACCGGCAUAAGUGAGGACCGCACACCGUUUGACAUCCCUCCGCAGAUCUUCUCCGUUCCCGACCUACCGCGCUCCUUGGUGCCGCCUUCUUCAGGCGGCUGGAAAGUCGAUAGCGACAUGGACUGGGGAUAAUCAAUGGGGGGAAAAAAUCGAGUGUGCUAGAUUUAACCUUACAAUAAAGGUGUG